UCAGUUUAUGUAUUUAGUAACUUUGGUGAGGAAGAUACGGUUCUUGCAAAGUUCCUUAUCUCAAACUGAGGAUUGACAUCUAAACCAAUAUGAUUAGCAAACGCAACCAAUAAAGUGGAAGGAAAUAAUAAGGCUCACAUGCAGGACAUUCAAUGCAGUGCUAUUGGAGUUAAUGCUAGUAAUUAUGAAUCACUAAAAUAGUUGUCAAUUUUCCAACGGCACAAAGUACCACUUCUGAGUCCUGACCACAAACUUUGCAUUACUAUGCAAUCCAAAAUACUACUUCUACUUUUGUAUUUUACAUUUGCCAGUAAAGUUAUAGGCAAAGGAUGAUUUUUCUCUACAAUUUCACAUACCCUUAAAAAGGACAUGUAUAUUAAACUAUAAUGUUGAACAAUUCACACUGUCUUUAUGUAAAUUUUACAUCAUCUGUCAAAUUUCUACACACAAAAUCAAAAGGUGUUUUAAUGUGUUGGACAAGAAUAUCACCUACACUCCAUUUCACGCCUAUAUGUAUUUUCUUUACUCAGUUUCCUUUUCAUAGAUUCUUCCAUUCCUCUCUGUCUCUUGUGUGCAAAUGGCCAAGUGUCUGGCGCUCUCUCUGAUCACAUUAGGCCUCUUCAUUGGGUUGUUGAGUCCACAAUGGAACAUACUGAACCUAGGAUGGGGAAAAAGGGUUGAGGAAGUGAAUCCGGAAUGGAACAUACUGAACCGAAUAUUGAGAGAGAAAGUGGUUGGAGACAACUUGAAGAGCUACUGUGAGAGUUGGAGGAUCAAUGUUGAACUAAACAACAUUAGAGGGUUCAGUGUUGUGCCUCAAGAAUGUGUGGAGCACGUGAAGAAGUACAUGACUUCAUCUCAGUACAAAGCUGACUCUAGGAGGGCAGUGGAGGAGAUUAGGCUCUAUCUCAGUGGGUUCUGCACUUUGAAAGGUGAUGGCAAAGAUUCCUGGAUUUUUGAUAUUGAUGAGACCCUUUUGUCCACAAUUCCUUAUUAUAAGAAGCAUGGUUUUGGGGGAGAAAAGUUGAAUUUAACAUCUUUGGAAGCAUGGAUGAAGCAAAGCAAGGCACCAGCUCUUGAUCACACAUUGGAGCUCUUUCAUGAAAUAAAGAACAGAGGCUUCAAAAUCUUUCUGGUUUCUUCAAGAAAGGAAAGCCUUAGAUCUGCCACAGUAGACAACCUAGUCAAUGUUGGGUACCAUGGUUGGACUACUCUUAAAUUGAGGGGUUUUGAUGAUGAAUUGGUGGAAGUAAAAAAAUACCAUUCUAAGGUGAGAGAAGAAUUGGUUGAUGAGGGUUAUCGCAUAUGGGGCAUUGUUGGAGAUCAAUGGAGCACUUUUGAUGGACUUCCUAUCCCAAACAGAACAUUCAAACUACCAAAUUCCAUUUACUACAAAGCAUAAGAAAAAUGCUUUUACCUUUAUCACCAUUACCACAACCUUUUGUCCCUUCAUCUAUGUCAAAACUUCUUACUCCAUUCUGAAACAAAAAAACAUGUUGGAAAUUGAUUGAUUGGUUUUA